AUGGCAGAAAGAGAGGCAGGUGAAACGGCAAGAACAGACUCGCUUGAUGACGAGGCAUUGUCUACCGGUAAAAAUGAAACGAAGAAAAGUAAGUAGAAAAAGGUUUCAAAUUGCUGUGCCAAACGAAGUUAGGUGUCACUUGAUACUUGAGUUUGUUAAUCUGUUAGCUCGUUCGGAAUCAUAAGCUUUGGUACUUAUUCAAAAAUAGAUCAUAAAUACCCGGCCUAGAUCUGGGCCUUUACUCGACUGGCUUUGGCAGGUUUAGUCAAUUUUGGACUAGCAUUGGGUAAUGUGUGACGUCACAGGCGAAAUACUAAGAAAAUUGCAUGGGUCCCAGUCUUCAGAGACGAAACAGCGAUAAAAUUAAAAAGGACCUUGGUGCUGAGCCCACAGUCCCUAAUUUUAUAGCCAGUGGUAGCUUCACAAGCAACAUCAAGCUGAAAAUGGUCGAACGAUAACGUUGGUAGAUAAAUGAGGUUUUUGAUAUUUUAUGGCUGUUGUCGUUAUUAUUUCGUAGUUCAACUUACGUUCAUUUUUUGAAACUUAACCUUGUUUUGUGUGAGAGAAUUUAAAUGUGUUUAUCGAAGGAGUUUGUUCAUUUAAAUAACAAUGCAAUGUUUAUAUAAUAGAGCAAUAUUUAUAUAAUAGAGCAAUUUUUGAACUCGGUUCUUGUUAAUGUUAUAUCUGAAAUUAUCAACGUCUUGGCAAACGUAAUUAUUUGUCUUGGCCGUCGGCUUCGACUGAUAACAUUUAAGUUGACGUGGAGAAUAUAUAAUUAUUGGACAAGGUUGAGCAAAAGAUUGUGGUUUGUGUGUGACGAAGCCAAUACCUUGUCGCCAAGGUAAAUCGUUGUCGGACAGUUCUCUAACACAAGCCAUAUUUACGUCUCAAAAAAAUAAACUGUUAAAAGCAUAUUCUGCGUCAGUAAACUGCUUGCACCAGUACUUGCAGAAAAAUUAGCCAAUAAAACUUGAGAAAAUGAUUUACCACAGAAACCUAUCCGACAAUUAUCUCUGUCAAUCGUUUUACAAAGUUUUCUAAAUAGAUAUUUCCAGAGAACAUGGCAAUUGGAUGACUGUUGCUGAACAAAAUUUGUUCCAACCGGAAACCAAAUUUUGACAUAUUCAGUUUAAAUUUGGGUGAUAAAGUUAUAUUUCGUAAAACUUCGCUACGUCGCUUUUCUUAACCAACAUUUUUAUGCUUAAGGUUUGCACAUAAAUGUUUCCGAAAAACAUGGCAAUUGGCUGACUGUUGGGGAACUUAUUCGUUCGAUCCAAAAACCAAUUUCUAUCUACGUUGAUCAAAUCGUUAAAGCAUUCCACGAAAAGAUGUGCAAAGAGCUGCUCCCCGUUGGCAAGUGCAGUAGCCCUGACGACUGCAAAACUAACCCUAACGAUUUAUGUACGUCGUGUAAAUCCUGGUUUAAGAAGCUCAAAAAGUCCCAUGAAAACGGUAACAAUACCUCAUGGUAUAAAAACUGCAAAAGCGCUGAAUGGUCCGAAGAUCACUGGGAAGUGGCGAAAUUCUUUAUGCCUGCACUUGGAUCUAAUCUUAGUUCUGCAAAAGAUGCUGAAUCUACCGACCUUUCUUCCCUUCUCAACGUACUCGAAUGGAUGAAGGACGUGGCGUUUCUUGGUAAAGUUCGAGUCAGUGUGGAUCUUGUGAGAAAACUUCGUUCCCAAGUGAGAAAUACCUGGGCACAUGCACCACAACAAGAACUCAGUGACGACGAAAAGAGCGAAGGUUUCUCGAUUUCCACCGACUUUCUUGAAGAUCUGGAGAAGGUAUUUUCCCAUGCAAAAAACGCACAGUGUUUGGAGCAUCUCGAACACUUGGAGACCAGCGGAGUCACCAAUGUGGUUGAAAGUGAACUGCAAAGCUUGCUGUUACAACGUCACUUGUUGGAUGACAUUAAAGAAGAGAUCACAACAAUGAAAGUCGAGCGUUCAUCCGACAAAAGCGUGAUAGAAGAACAUGAACAAAAACUGGUGAAAUUAAAAUGUGCAUUGAGUGAAUGCUCCCAAAGAAUGACUGAUUUCGAAACUUUCAAAGAGAACAUUAAUAAACAAUUCGACAACUUCGCAGAAGAAUGGAAAUCCUUUCGUGCAAUUCCGGAGGAUAUUCAUCAAAUACGUAACAGCAUUGGGCAAAUUCGUGAUGAUCUCGCCAAGAUGAACGAACGACAGAAAGACGAACGAGAACCGACGAGUUGCUUGCCAGAUAAAUUGCCAAUGUUUACCGCUCGCAAAGCCAAAAUCCAAAAAGUUAUCACUUUCCUAAAGGAUGAAGCAAAAGCCGUUGUCUCUCUCCACGGCGGACCUGGGGUUGGUAAGACUGCAAUCGCAAUCGAAGUGUCGCACAAGCUCAGUGAAGACCACAACAUUCCUGUUAUUUUUUCUCAAUUAACCACCGCAACCACUGUAGAUGAAAUGGUUCUACGACUUUGUCGCGAUGUUGGUGUUUACCAUGAAGAUGACCCUAAGUCAUCGUUGAUUCUCUGGUUAAAAAAUGUCAAGAGCAAAGUAAUUUUUGUUAUGGACGACAUCGACGACUUGCUCGAUAACAAGACAAGUUUCUACGAUUUUAUCCGCUUGCUGCGCAAGAAUUCAAAUCAACAUUGUCAUAUUGUUACGACUUCCAGAACGUCCUAUGAAAUUCCCGAACUUUUAACUGAUGAAGUUCAAGUUGGCGAGAUGGAUGAAGAAGCAUGUAUGGAGCUUUUGAAAAAACAAUGUCCUGAUCAGGAAGAUGAAUUUCUGCGAAGAUUGGCCGAAUUUUGUGGCAAAAUACCUCUUGCUAUGUGCAUCGCAGGCUCUCAAGUUGACGACUUUGAAAAUUCUGAUGAAUUAUUACAGCACCUGCAAAACCAACCAAUGAAGACUUUGGAAUGUCCUAAGAGCGAUCAGUACGUUGAUCGAGCUAUCAACAUGUCUUAUGAAAAGUGUUCUAGUGAAGAGAAAGAAACGUUGUGCCGUUUGGCAGUUUUCGAAGGAAACUUCAGCGAGGAGGCUGCCAGAGUCGUGAUCGAGAAAGAAAAUUUAGAUACUAAAAGUGUCGUGAAGAAACUUGUUCGUCGAAGUUUGAUCAAACAACCAACCAAGCACCGAUACUCCAUUCAUCUCUUAAUCAAACAUUUCUUAGAGCAUCAACAAGAAAGCGAAAACGAAACAGCAGAAAAAGCGCGUGCACAAAUGAUGCGCGCGAAAGUGCUUAUGGUUAAAUACUACUUGGAGUUGGGACACGACCUAACUAUGAAAAGUUACUCCAAAGACGGAUACAAAGCAAACAGAGAAGCUUUAAAGCAGGAAACGGACAACAUCCAGAAUGUGCUCAAAAUUUGUUGUCAGCAGAAAGAUCCGAAAACCUCCGACAUCUCUGACUGCCUUGCACACAGUAAAGUUUACACCACCUCAGCCAGAUUCUUUUCACUCUUCGUUAGAACCAUCAUCCCUGGGUCCAUCGUCGACGAGUUCCUACAACGAUGCGCAAACCUGGCCGAGGAGAGGAAGCAGCAUGCAAUCAAAAUAAAUUUUGAUUGUUUGGUAGCAGACCAAAAACGCAACAAAUCAAUUGGUAAAUCUGACGAAUGUUUUCAUUCAAAAAUGGAAGAAAUCAAGAGAGAGUUCGAUACGCACUAUGAAGAUUUAAAGGAAGACAAGUCGCUUUGUGCUCAUUACUAUUACCAGUACGGGAGAUAUCUGUCACGUAAGUCUGAAAGUGAAAAGGAUGAAAAACGGUUAGAUCUGCAGGUUCAAGCACGUGAUCAGCUGGAAAAAUCGUUGAAAUUAAGGAGAACGUUAACUGACACAUCCGUGGGAAUAGCAGAUACGGUGUUCUCGUUAUUGCACCUGGGAAAUAUAUGCAAGAUUAUUAAUGCAACUGAAAUUCAUCUUCAUAAACCAAUAUGGUUGAGUCGCGCACAAGACUAUUACGAAGAAGCUAUACAAUUGUCCAAAGAGCAUUUUGGUGAGCACGAGCUUACAUCAGCGUGUUACAAAAGUCUUGGGGAUCUAUUCUUAAGCCGAAUUAAGGACCCUAAGAUGGCCGAGAAAAGCUACACCAUUGCUAAAGAAAUGCGGGAAAACCUGGGCCUUGACGCCAGUGAAAGACACGUUCGUCUACUUAACAACCUGGGCAAAAGUUUGAUGAUGAUUAACCGUCCAAAUCAAGCUAUUGAAGUUCUGCAAAACGCUCGGGACAUGGCGGAGAAACUUGCUGACAGCGACGAUCCAAAUGAAACCAAGGCAAAGGUAUAUACAUCAUUGGUAUUUGCACACGAAAAGGUACGAAACUAUUCCGAUGCCCUUAACUACGCCAGGAAAGCACUGGAAUUCAGUCAAAUAGAAAAGUGCAUUAAAAAAUAUGAGUAUCAGAAACUUCAGAAAAUUUUACUGAUGAGUAAACCUGAUGAAAGAACUGAUCGUUAAAUGAACUUUCUUAAAAGAUUUUGAAUCCAACGGUUUCACUUUUUGGACAUUUCAUGAACGCCCAAGUAACCUUACAACUAUAGACAAGAUAAGAUAGUUCAUUAAUCUGACACAAUAUUUUACUAAAAUCAGACACACUGGACAUGCAUGUGUAUAAUACAGUAACAGUAGCAGCAAGUUUGUAUAAACUAUGUUUAUUGGUACAACUGCCAGAGUGAUAUUGAAAUGCGGAAUUUAUACAUAAAGCAUUUUAAAGGGAGAAAGUAGUACAGCAUGGAAUAUCAUGCAGUCGUAUUCAGUGUAAUAUUUGCAACAGCUGCCCUAAGGGCUCUUGUUUUUAAGGAUCUGUUUCCUCUGAUCACUUGCCUGGAUUAGCUUAAUGAUUGUAAUAAGUAUCUUUUGAGAUUUUUUUUAGAAUUAGAAUUUAGAAUUCAGAAUUUUAAUUAGGAAUAAUUAAGAAUCAUAUUUCUACGCAUUAAUUACAGAUUCUAAGG